ACUUCGUAGCUCCCACCCGACACGGUGGCCCCCUUGCGGUUUCCUUUCGCCGUUUCCGAAUAGAGGGAUUGCUACUCGCCUUGGCUUGGCGGUCUCUGUGCUCGUGGGUCCGAAAACUGCCGGAAGGAGCCCGGUUUCUGGAGGGGAGCAGGCGGUGGCGAGUUUAGCGACGUAGAGCAGGCUCAGAACAGUCGGAGGUGCCUGAGUGGUUAUUAAAAACGGUAACGAUAAUUAUAGACGUCAGUGUUGGUGUUAACAUUUCAGAUUUGAAGAGAUUUCCUCGGUGUGGAGUGUGACUUUCCAAAACCACCUUUUCCUUGAGCUGUAUUUGUUGCAGCAAUGUUUAGGAGAUUGACUUUUGCACAGCUGCUUUUUGCCACUGUCCUUGGAAUUGCUGGAGGAGUAUAUAUUUUUCAACCAGUAUUUGAACAGUAUGCCAAAGAUCAGAAGGAAUUAAAAGAAAAGAUGCAGUUGGUACAAGAAUCAGAAGAGAAGAAAAGUUAAUACUACAUGGAGUUAGGCUGGGCGCAGUGGCUCACGCCUGUAAUCCCAGCACUUUGGGAGGCCGAGGCGGGUGGAUCAGAAGGUCAGGAGUUCAAGACCAGCCUGACCAACAUGGUGAAACCCUGUCUCUACUAAAAACACAAAAAUCAGCCAGGCUUGGUGGCAUGCGCCUGUAAUCCCAGCUACUCAGGAGGCUGAGGCAGGAGCAUCACUUGAACCUGGGAGGCAGAGGUGGCAGUGAGUCGAGAUCAUGCUGCUGCACUCCAGCCUGGGUGACAGAGCGAGACUCCAUCUAAAAACACAAAACACACAAAAGAAACAAAUACCUCAUGGAGAUGAACCAUAAUAAUUGCUUAAAGUUCCAUUUAAUUAUGUUAACUCUAAAUAAUCUAGCAAAAACAUAGAUGUACUUAAAAAUAAAUCAUGGAUAAUGAUUUUUUAACCUAA